UACGUCACAACAAGUGCACAAACGAACUUUCGGAGCGUAUUUAUUUCUUAUUUUUGUUAGCCUCAAUUGACUCAUCUUCAAUCAGUAUAUACGUUUUGCUAACAAUUCAUUAGUGACUUAUCAAUCCAUUAUAUUAAUGACGUUUUAAGAAUACUGUAAAGACUUCAAAGUGAAGAUUUAAGAAACCUAACCUCUCAUGAACUGUCAUUUCAAUGCCUUCCAUCCUAUCCACUUUUUUGAAAAAAAACUGCGUGUUCAGAAUGAUUAGACAUAAAAGAGAAGAUAGAUAAAUCAUUGUUCUGAGAGAACAAAUUACACAAUUGUUCCCUUUCUCUGUGAGGUUCUCCGAAGUUGGAUAUAAUAAGUUGCGAACACAACCUAUAAACUUUGGUACCACGAAGAUAGUACUUCGUGUUUUGUACUUCUGGAUUUUUUUCAUAAUUUUUUACUGAUAGUUUUUAAGAAAAGGGUGACAGUUCUUCAAAAAGAGAAAAUGGCUAACGAUAACAAGACAAGGUUGUCAAAAUCCAUCCUGGAAAUGAAAUUUAUGAAGAGAACUAAAGAUAAGGUAGAAAAACAGAUGUAUCAAGAGGAAGGCGAAGAAUAUUUUGGUAGUCAUCUCACCCCCUACAUGAAACGACAAACAGGCCAGUUCAUUAUAGAGCCAAGUUACGUUUUCUGCGAGAAAUUGAUCGAAGGACGAUUGAGUUUCCAGGGUAUGAAUCCCGAAAUUGAGAGGCUCAUGGAACUCGAAGAGUUAGCAAAAAAAGGAAAACGCGGGAAACACGAAAAUGACAAUGAGGCUGAAAUCUCAGACUCUGAAAUGGCUAAUAGGUGGUCCAAGAACAAAAAAGUAAAAAUCGAAGGUCAUCACACGAAAUCCUAUAAUAAAAAAUGGGAGAGACAACCGGACGUGGAACCUUUGCCCAAAAAACAAAAAUUCUUGAAACCCGAGGAUUAAUUAAUUCCUAGUUUUAGGAAAACUUGAGUUAAUUUUAAGUCAGUGACAUUUUUUUCGACAUUGUAAAUAAUAAUCUAUUCUUAAUAUUUUGCCGAGGCAAAAAGUAUUUCGCUUUUAAGUUUCAAGGUAUGGAGUAAGCGAUUAAAACUGAAGAUUAAAUGGAA